AUGGCUUUUUGGAGUCAGUAUUCUCACCUAACUAUUGUUGGAACAGAAAUUUUUACUAAUCCUCUAUUUUCUCAAUUAAUCAAGGAUGUCGGCGAAUCUCUUUCCAUAACAUACAUUCCAACUGUUGAGAAAUUAAAGGAUAGACUAAUUCACCAGCGAAACGUUGACUCUGAUUUACCUGAAGCCAUUCUCUUACCUGAUUUUACAUCCCCGAGUGAAAUUAAAUCUCUCCAGUUUUCUAAACUUAGUAUAUAUGGUCUGCCUAGUCUCUAUUCUUUGCGAUUUGGUUGCAGGCAUUGGACGAAGAAUAAACCAGUUUUUUCAUUCGCGAUGGCUGAUGCUAUCGUAACAAUAACGGGGUUUAGAGAUUAUGAUGUUGUUAAUCAUAUCGCUACUCUUAUUAACUGGAUGGGUGGUAGCGUGCGACGCAAGCUUGAUUCAACUGUAACCCACUUAAUCGCAUAUCGUUGUGCAGGAGAAAAAGUUCGGAAAGCGGCUCUUACAUCAGCAAAUGUGACAACAAUGAAAAUUUCUUGGGUUCAGGAAGCUUGGGAUUCCAGACAUUCCAAUUCACAAUUGAAUGCUUGUGGAGAGGAUUUUAUUGACAAGCAUCGUGCGAAAGUUUUUCAAUCCUGUUGCUUGUACUUCAUUGGGUUUUCCAGUCAGCCAAAAACAUUGACCGAACUAGAGUCGGCUGUUAUAGAUCACGAUGGCACCUUAGCAACAGAUCUCUCCGAUGAAAAAUUGACCCAUGUCGUAGUUGCCGAUGGUUGGCAUAAAAAUGAACAGAAUAUCGAUAUGCGUGCCCUUAUUGUCAGCCCAAAUUCAAGCCUCGUCGCAAAUUCUCCCCGUUCAAAUUCUUUCGCCCUUGAUCCUGAAUUACAGGAGCAACUGCAUGAAGUUGCCGUUAGAGUUCCGGUUUUAAAAUUAGAUUGGUUCUGGAAAUCCCUACAAUCAACGUACAUAUGUCCACCCCAAGACUACUAUUACAUACCUGAACCUGAACCCAAGGAUUCGCCUUAUGCUUCAUACUUUUCCCAGCGCACAUCUCUUGACGUCUGCUCUCCUGCUUCCUAUCGAUUAUCCAUGGAGAUUUUGGAUAAAGAGAAUAAGCAGCCGAUAUUAGAAUGUAGUGAAGGGGAGAAUUCUCAUCUAACUAACACUAGUGAUACAGAAAUUUCUGUUCGAUUAAGACACAAUAGAUCAAACGAGCAGCAGCUGAGUAGAGAGGAAGUUAUCGCCCAUUUGGCCGAUCCACUCCUUGUUCCCAACUCUGGAAAUUCAAGUCGUAUAUAUUCUCGUAGCAGGGCCUCCUUUACCCUAUUGGAUAAUCCCUCUCCUCUAUCGGCUUCAGUUCAAAAUUGCUCAACUCCCACUUCGGAGAGCCAAAGAAGGCCUCUGUCGACUGAUUGCUUGGAGGAGAAGUCAACACGCUCUCCUAUCCAAAGAAUCCCACUUGAGUCAAUAAAAUCUCCAAUCGAAAACUCCCCAAAGAGGUUCCGUAAUUCACCUGCAAGAAGUGAGGUAAAAACUCCACAAAAGUCACGUCUUAAGGACCGGGAGCAUCGAGUCUUCGAAUUCUUUGUUACGGAAAAGAACUACUCUUCGAUUUUGGAGUUCCUUACUCAAUCGGCUCUUCCUGACGUGCUCAUGGAGAAUCAAGAGGGUGGUCCUAUUUUGCCACGACAAGAAGCUGACAUGGUGUUUGGUAAACUUAUUCCUAUCUAUCAGCUCCACAAACGUCUCCAAGCACAGCUCAUGGAGUUGGAAACGUCUUGGAAUAUGGAAACUAGUCGCCUUGGAGAAAUCCUCCUUCCUCUUAUCGACGAAAUGGAAAAGGUAUAUACUCACUAUAUGCAAUUCUACGAUGAGCCCCACAUCAAGCAACUAGCUCAUGAUUAUCCUCGUUUCCUUGCCUUCAUGCGUCAAGUUGAACUUCGACGGGAGUAUGGACGCCAAAGUAUCUGCGAUCUCCUUAUUCGGCCUGUUCAACGACUUCCAUCCAUCCUACUUCUCAUGCAAGGAAUCCAAAAAUUUACCCCACCCACUCAUCCCGAUCAUGAAGAUGUCGUGGCUUUCACCGCGAAACUCAAUACCCUCCUAGAGAAGAUUAACGCCCGAUUGAAGAAAACUGAAGAAUACAUGUCUCUGCUUAAUCUUUACCACGAGAUCAGUGGUGCUCCUCCAGAGAUUGUAUCCGCUUCACGAAACUUGGUCACCUCACUUAGCGUGUUCCAACUAGAUAUAAGUCCAAAUGGUACAGCCGUCUGUGAACCCGUUAUUAUCUUCCUUCUUACUGACUGUCUUGAGAUUGUUCGUACAAAGAAGCGAAUUACCGGUGACAACCAUGCCAUUCAGGCAGCCCUAGCAGCUGUAGAAAGUGGUACCUUAGCAAAUGGAGAUGCGACAGGGACAGAGAGCUCACUUGGAGUGGAAAAGCGGGGAAAAUCAGUGUCGAGAACGAAUUCCGGUGCUUCUGCAGGGUCCAGUACUAUCGGUGGAAAGAAGCGCUACAAAUACGUGCAUGUUCAUUUUGUUAAACUGCAGGAUAUCACUCGGGUUCUUGAUUUAAGCACUCUGUCUCCAGAACGCGCUGCAUUCUCCCUCAUCAUUCGGAACGCUAGCUCAGAGGCUGAGAAAGCAGAGGAGGUUCUAACCUUCUGCUUGGCAGCUAGUUUCACUGCUAGUGCAGCAGUGGCCACGGGGAAAUGCCCAGAAGCAAUUGAAUCAGCUGUUGCUUCAGCAAAUCUAUCUGUCAUUAGGCCUACUGUUUUAAAAUGCGGAACAUCUGUAUCAGCAGUUGAUUUUGAAGCCUCUGCUUUAGCUACUUCAACUCUUGCAGAAGCAGAAAUAGACGACUUAUCUGUUGUUAAUGGAGAUCAAGACUGUGAUAGCACCGUUGCUAAGUUACGCUAUUGUGUUCAUGAACAGAAAAUGAACUUCUUGAAAUGCCUUUGCAGGUAUAUUAUGCAGGUGUCCUUCGUGGCCAAUAGUCCAGAUGAAAUCCUCGUUGAGAUGCAACCUGAUUUAGUUCUCAAUUUCGAUCUGGAUUCAGUUUUUUCUCACACAGUAAAUGUAUCCUUUAAGACGAAAAAAUUCUCUCGACAUUUGGGCCGAGCCAUCUCCCUAAAGACACCGCAUAGACCGAUUCUCAAAUCAGUUCAACCCGUUGCACCGCCCGCGUCAGUAUCGAAUCCAAAAUCAUUUCGUGGACAAAAUGGAUUUCUCAAAAAUUCAACCACACAGGGUUCUAAUGAACCGCCUUCUCCCAAUCUUUCCUAUCGAUCAGAUUCCGUUGACAUGCCUCCACCAUCGCGUCCAUCCGUUCUUGGGUCUAUACUUGGAGGGUUUCUUUCACAUGGAAUCAGGACCCCUAAGCAGUCUAUGCGAGGUCUCUCAAUGACGGAUUUGGACGCCGAAAUGGGUGCAACUAUGUCCGCUAAGCGUAAGGCUCAAACCUCAUCUCUUUGGUUGGAAUUCGAUUCAGAUGCGGAGGAUUGUGACAACUCGUUGGUGGCAGAUAAUCGUGAAGAGGAGGAAGGCGGUGGUGGUUGCGAUAGCAACGUGGAAGGUGAAGAUGAGGAUGACCUCAUCUCACUGAAUUCCUACAACUCAGCUGGCGGUCCCUGGCCAGCUUUCCUUCCCUCUGGAAGUCCUGGUUCGAAGAAGUCCAAAAAGAUGUUGAAUCCUGCUACUGCGUCGUCUACUUCCCUUCGUUCCAAUUCUUCCAGGCGACUGAGCACUGGAAAGUCGAGGCAAUCUUUCGGUGGACUUAUGAGUGCCACCCGCAAAAGUAUCUGUCGUUCAUUCUUGGGUAUUCAUAAGACACCCAAAGAAGUCCAACCCCCAGCUGCCAAACAAUAUCCGCAUCCCGAUCUAUCGUCUAGUUCCUUUCAACCCUCCUCCACCACUGAGGAUAGACAGCGUCAAAAGCAGCUCCAACUCUCUGGUGCCAUUUCCGGCUCCAAUCUCUCCCUAUCAACAGCUCCUCUGGCUAGACAGGAGGACAUUUCAAAUGACAGUGUGGAGGGAGAGGGCAAAGAAAAGGAAACGACCAUAGUCAACGAGGAAGAAGAUACCAGUAUUCAUCGGCAAUCCUCUUUUCAACCACCACCAGGGGCCUCAAAUAAUAACGCCAGGUUGAAUAGUCCUGCACCUGGUCAAUUAGAUAAGGCUCGUGUUGUUUAUGGCCUUUUGUUUAAAGAGCCUUGGAUUUUGGAAUUAAGUAAUUUGUUUCGUCUUUUUUUUCAGUCAUCGUCAGAGACUAGGCUAACCUUCUCCGGCAAACAUUCCCGAGCCAAUACCCUAAAAAGGAUGCUCACUUCUCCAUUUCGCAAACCGUCGCAAACAGCGGGCUGUAGUAACGGGGGUGGAAGAGAUUUCAAGACGUCAUCGCCCGAAGGCAUCACAAGUUGGAGCAGUUUGAUAACCCUCAACGAGGAGAACAAUGAAGACGAAGACGCCGAGACAGAACACGAUAGACUAGCUGGUGUGAUCACUGCUCGCCAUCAAGGCCAACGAGUUUCCGGUGACGAUACUUGCAGUAUGAUUGUUCCUCAAACUCCUCCCCUCAUUUCCGCCCUCAAGAAGUUUCGGUCUAAGAGGAAAGAGAAGAAAUACUUUCGACGGUCUUAUGGAAGUGAAAUCUUCAAUCGCGCCGAUGGUCUAGAUGAGGAGAAGAAGAAGCAGAAACAUGAAGAGCUAUCUGUCCUCCCCACGGUUCCAGAGAGCUUGGAAGCCGCUUUAACACCAGAUGUCUCGAGAUUGGAGGAGAGUGAAGAGAAUGAGCAAGGAGGAGGGAGUGAAUCGCAUCACAUCGCCGCAACCCGGAGAGAAAGUAUAUUUAAGAGAGGAUUUUUAUUUAAGUAA